GUUAUCUAUCUACACCAAAAUUCAAUCUUUUCGCAUUCUCUCAAUACUAGAUAUCCAUUGUUUUCUUUGAAUCGAUAUCUUUGCUCUUUGAGAAAUUUCGCUUGUUUUUUUGAUUCGGAGGUUUUUUCAAAACGAAUUUUCUAGGGUUUUUUUUUUUUGAGAAUUCAUCAGCUAUGGUUUACGAUUCGAUCGCCAACGCUUCGAUCCCGACUUCGGUUUCCAAUCCGAAGGAAAUUUGCAAGAAAAAGCGGGUGAAUAGGACCGCCAAAUUUAAGCAGAGCAAACUUCAUGUUCGUCGUGAACAAUGUAUUGCUCUUAUGGUUAAUCAAAAAAAUCUUAUAGGGAAGAACAAGGGGUUUAAGGAAGAAAACAAAGGCAAUGUUCGUGCAACAAUGCUAGGCAUGCAUACCCCAAACAAGGGAGAUCGAUCACUGCUUGUUGAUGCUGACAUGGAUUCACCUGGCACUGAAGAACGAUACCCAUGUGACACAAUGAGCAACAACCAUGAAGACUGUAGUACAAGUGGCAACAAUGGGAUACGAUUACGAUGGGAUGCGGGUGGUUGUGUUUUUUUUUGUUGA